GUCAGCCUUCUAAAAAUCUAAACGGCCCACUAAAAAGAUCAUUUGACCUAUAUAUUGAACCCUCGCCCGCAGGUGGCUAGGGUUUCUUUUGGCGAACUGAAACGACAAGGAUCAACACCAAAGACUCCCUCCACCAUGGUUGCCGCCAAGAAAACUAAGAAGACCCAUGAGAGUAUCAAUAACAGGCUCGCUCUUGUGAUGAAGAGCGGAAAAUAUACCCUGGGUUAUAAAACGGUUCUGAAGUCCCUUAGGAACUCUAAAGGGAAACUGAUUAUUAUUGCCAACAACUGCCCGCCUUUGAGGAAAUCAGAAAUAGAAUACUAUGCUAUGUUGGCGAAGGUUGGAGUUCAUCAUUACAAUGGGAGGGUUCUUGAUGCAGACAAUGUUGAUUUGGGCACUGCUUGCGGCAAAUAUUUCAGAGUGUGCUGUCUCAGCAUCAUUGAUCCCGGCGAUUCUGACAUUAUUAAGACAAUGCCUGGCGAUCAGUAGAAUAGUAUGAAGCCCAUUUUUUUUUCCCUCUUACAGAACUUGUAUUGUUUGAUAUUCUCAAUUUUGCGCUGAUGUGGACAUCAUUAUAGAAAGUCUUGAUGUGGUCUUGGACCAUUUUGAGGUGUACGUUUUCCUUGGUAGGGUUCUAUGUAACAUUGAGCUUUGUUGAAUGAUACCGGAUUUUCGUUUAA